CCACCAAAUAUGGAUACCAACAACUAUCGAGCAUUUAUAGACCAAGCUGCCAUCGCCCAAGCAGUCAUAGACCCUGCAGUCACAGACCAAGCACUCAAUGUCCAAAACAUCAUUAAACACAAAUGAGGCUCCAAACGAGACUCCUACCGCAAACUCAACUCCCGCCACUCCAAACACCACCACACGCCUCAAAUGGCUCCUCCGCCUCCUCUUCCUCCUUUAUCCCAACACUUACUCAUACUUCUACUUGUACUUCCCGAUCCACAGACAAUACAUCCUCAACAGUCUAGAUGUAUUUCUAGCCAUUACCACCUGGCUUCUCGUUGAGAGCUUGCCGGUAGCUGCGAUUGCGGAGGCGGUAUACCAGUUAGAGGCGGGUUACGGAGAAUGUGGGUGGGAAGGGACCUAGGUCAAGACGGUUUUGAGAGAGUUGUGGAGAGUGUGGGAGGCGUUCGAUGGCGGCUUGUAGAAGGGUCGUGAACUGUCUUAGCUCCUAUCCAAUAUCCGAAGAAAGGAAGAACCCAAUUUCUUUCGAGAGACAAGGUAAGUCGCU